AUAAUGUCGUUGGAGUUGGAGUUGGAGUUGGAGUUGAGGAUGAUUCACAUUCAAGUCUUUGAAAAGCGACAUUAAGAUGACGACGACCCAGCUCCAGCCAGGGUCCGUUAAAUUCCAAGAGUCGGCAACCCAGCUCAUCCAUCUUAACUCUCCCUUUUUCCUCACAUGCCUGCAUUUAAAGUCAUCUACAUCUUUCACUUUCUUCAUAUCUAUCAAUAAUUUGGAGACCUGGGUUUUGUUGUAAGGAAGAAAAAGAAGUGAACUUUGAUCAGAAAAGGAAGAAUGGGAUCAAAUGAGAAAGACAGUGUGAUUGGUGUGGAAGCUAAUGAUGGAGUGGAAGAGCAACAGAGUUUGGAAAGCAAUGAGAUUGAGAAAAGCAAAGUGGGUAUCAUGAGAGCGCUUGUGGAAAGAGAAGAUCCCUCCUCCAAGGAAGUGGAUGAUUUCAUGGUCCGGAGAUUUCUACGCGCUCGCGAUCAAGACAUUGAAAAGGCUUCUAACCUGUUCCUCAAGUACCUGAGUUGGAGGAAAGCAUUUAUGCCAAAUGGUUCAAUCUCAGAGUCAGAGAUUCCAAGAGAACUAGCACAUAACAAGCUGUUUAUGCAAGGUGUGGACAAGAAGGGGCGCCCCAUUGUUGUUGUCUAUGGUGGGAGGCAUAAGCACACCAAGCUAGAGGAGUUUAAACGUUUUGUAGUCUACACCCUUGAAAAGAUAUGUGCCAGAAUGCCAGCAGGGCAGGAAAAGUUUCUGUCCAUUGCAGAUCUUGAAGGAUGGGGAUAUGCCAAUAGUGACGUUCGUGGAUACUUAGCAGCUCUAACAAUCUUACAGGAUUGCUAUCCAGAGAGGCUUGGCAAGUUAUUUAUCGUCCAUGCACCUUACCUAUUCAUGACUGCUUGGAAGAUGGUUUACCCUUUUAUCGAUGACAAAACCAAGAAAAAGAUCAUUUUUGUGGAGAACAAAAAGCUGAACUCUACAUUACUUGGUGAUAUUGAUGAGAGUCAGCUGCCUGAUGCAUAUGGAGGCAAAUUGCCAUUAGUUCCGAUCCAAGACUGCUAACAGAAUACCUUCUCGUCCAGUUCAGUUAUAUUGAUGAAAGACGAAUACAUAGACGCAAAUUCUCGGUAAUUCUUGUGUGAAGUUCAUAGACAGAGAAGUAGUUUCAUUUUCUGCUUUAUGUUCUACUACAUGUACACGUAACCUGAUAACAAAUUCCACAUUCUUAACCCUUUGGACAACUGCCACUUGAAAAGGGUCAUAUAUUGUAUCACCAUGUUGAGUUAUGGCUACGCUUGUAGGCUUACGCCUACUUGUUUCUAUACCAUAUGAAAUGCAGAUUCAGACCCAAGAAACUCACUGUUUCAAGGGGGUUUUCAACUGUGUUUCAGUUCAAUA